AUGGAGUGUGAUCUCCUGGAGCCCUCUGGUGCCGUGGCGAGUUCGAAGCCAUGUCCACCAAGACGUCGACGCUUCUCUGAGGCUGUGAUAUCUUCCGCUUGCUGGACAUCCCGAUCCAAUGCAUUGUCUUCUUCGAGCGCUGUAUCCCGCGGCAGUAUAGCAACAGAGUCGGAGCAAAAUUUUGCAGGGCAGCACCUGCAUUCUGGUUUCAACAUGAAUGAUGCGUGUGCAUGGCAGCACGCAAGUGAAGAUCCUUUGUUUCACCAAACGUCUACAGAGUCGUUUGCGCCUACUUCGGCCACUGCGGGUUGCUUCUGGACAGCAUGGCAACUGCUUUGUCGAUGGCUGCAGGAUGCAAGUCGGCGACAUGCUGUCGCCGGCAAUCAAGGCAAGGCCGUGCUUGUUGAGACCGAUGAGGUACCUUCUGCGGCUCUUGUCUGCUUGGAGGUCGAUGCUGGAACAAUUGGCACCCUGCUGUGCACCGGCUCAGUGUGGCUGAAGGUGCUAAGUUUCUGCAGUGUCCAUGAGGCCGCAUCCUCGGUGCCCUGCUGUACCGAGACGUUGGCAGGCGCACGCGAUGGAUAUGGCCGCUUACUCGCUGGCUCCGUCACGCUCUCCCGCGGAUGUGCUGCAAUGGAGCAGCUUGCCAGGAUUUCACCCCACUUACUCGUCAAGCUGAGUUUGCCCAGUCUGGCGUCCGGUGCGGAAAGCGAAGCAGUCUUGAAGAUGCUUGCGCAGAUGAGGGGCGAGCUGAGGGCGCUGAAGGAGGUUUCUGUCCACAUCGCCCCACCGCGACUGCCGAGAGUCACCGGUGAGAGUCGUGAAGAUCGUACCCAGGCAGUGUCAGGUCUUGCCAACGCCCUGUCAGCGGCAUUGCCGUGGUGUUUGGAUUCUUUUCAUGCAAACUUGCGCGGCGGGUGUCUUCUUGCAGACGAUUCUGUGCUAGCCGAGCUCGUCAGCGUGACGCCCAAGCAUCUCACACGACUUGGCCUAGACUUGAACUCGUUCAGCUGCAGAGAUGCCCACGCUGUCGCACGAGUAAUUGCCAGAGUGACGGGGUUAAGGGAACUUCGCCUACUGUUCCACGGCCGUUCGUUUGCUUGGCUGGGCACCGGAACGGAGGAUACGGGCACAGAGGAGCUGGCGUCUGCUUUGCCAGCAGGGCUGAAGAAGCUGCACCUGAUGCUAGAGUCUUCUUGUCUGGGGGCCACAGCUCUUUGCAAGGCUUUGCCCGCCAGCCUUCAACAGCUGGCUUUAGACCUACAAGUCACGGCCCAUACAGCGAGUAGCACACUGGCACAGGCCCUGGCAGCAGCGCUUCCUGGCUUAACUGUCCUUCAGCUGCGGCUCGCCGAUUUCAACAUGAGCCUGAGUGACCUCAGGAGCAUAGCCACUGCUUUGCCAAGCUCUUUGUCCGAUUUGCGCUUAGACCUGUGCUGUCGCGAUGUCGGCGAUGAUGGAGCCAGCACGCUAGCGACCAACCUGCCCAAAGGGCUGGAGCGCCUGACGCUUUGUCUGCGAGACUGGCGCUUCACCGCUGUCGGGAUGAGAGUGCUAGCAGCAGCAGUACCACGAAGCGUGAGGCAGCUGAAGCUGGUCGUUUCAAGUUCAGCCAUCGGUGUCAGUGGUGCCAGGGCUCUUGCAGCCAACCUGCCAGUGGGCAUGAUUCGCCUGAAUAUCUCGCUCAGGCACUGUUGCCUCGGCCGAGAUGGUGAGCAAGCGCUGAGGCCGUUGGCUCGCAGGCAGCUGAGAAAGAGCGAGAGGUGGACAGUCGCGAGCCUGGAAGACAUGCAUGCGAAGGGGCUUCGCCCUGCUCAUAGCAAGCACGUAUUGUGA